AUGAAUGCCCCAAUCCAGGCACGUAGCAUCGGGGGUGGGGGUGGGGUAGAGGGGAUGCAGGAAACAGCUAAGUAUGAUCAAGAGCAGAUUGGUGCGAACUUGGUCAAUACUUGCAUAGUUCCUUUCUCAAGAAUCAUACCGCACUCUGCAUGCUCUAUUUUGACAGAUGAUCUUUUCAAAGCAGCUCAACAUGGUGACUUAGAUUACUUUAAAAACUCAGAAAUUCCGCUGAAUACGUCGUACGAAAAAUCAGGAGACACUGCCCUGCACAUUGCUGCAAGAUGUGGCCAUGCGGCUCUCGUGGAGCACCUGUCACUAUCCCGUGCCUAUGUGGAAAUAUCCAACCUUGACGGCAAGCGACCCUUACACGAGGCCGCUCAAGCCAGUCAACUGGAAUGCGUCCAGAUAUUACUCCAGUUCGGGGCGCAGGUGGACAGCCUUAAGAGGGCUGAUUGGACACCUCUAAUGCUGGCCUGCACAAAGGACGGUAUUGAGGUUAUCCAACAACUUCUGAAGUCUGGUGCGAAUGUAUCGCUGAAGAACAAAGAUGGAUGGACCCCGUUCCACAUUGCAUGCAGGGAAGGACACCUGGGUAUUGUCCGCCUUCUCUAUGAACAUAACAACACUGUGAUGAACACUGCCAGCAAGAACGGGAGGACCCCGCUACAUACAGCAGCUCUACAUGGUUGCCACUCCGUGGUGACUUUCCUGCUAAGUGUCGGGCCAUUUACUGAGGAAACCACUGACAGCUCAGGAAGUACACCGCUGAUGGACGCCAUUAAAUCAGACCAUGUAGAGGUCGCUCAAACUCUCAUCUCAACACAAAAGUGUGACCUUUGUCGUGAGGACAAUGCCGGCCUGGGACCCCUCCACCUGGCCGCCCAGGGGGGAUGUCUGAAGUCCGUGAAAUUUCUGGUGGAAAGCUUAAAGGUCGAUGUCAACUCAAGGUCAUCAAAAGGGUUCAUGCCACUAUUUGUUGCAGCCAAGGAAGGACAACUCGGUGUAAUUUCCUACUUGGUGUCUGCAGGAGCUGAUGUCAAUGUCACCGACACGAAAGGUAGAACAGCAUUACACAUUGCCGCCGGUGGUCAGCAUUCAGAGACUUGUAGAUAUCUGUUGGAGAAUGGAGCUGUCAUCAGGGCAGAUAACUCUGGUCUCACACCGGGCAUGUUGGCUAGGAAACCAGACGUCUGCAGACUGUUUCAGGAAGUAUGAUCCCCGCCCAUAGCAAGGAUGAAUUAGAUCCCUGCCCAUAGCACGACAGAAUGUUGAAAAUCUUAUUUACACCAAAGCUUGUAGCAGACAGCAUUUACUACUGGAAGAAAACCAAAGAGAUGCAGUUCAAAGUUUUGAUUUCAUUGAUGUUUUGCAAAGAUGUGUAAACAUGUACUGACAUUUUUUUUAAAUGGGAGACAUUUUUUUUCUAAAUCAACAGGAAAAUCUGAAUUAGGUGGAAUUUUAGACCAUACAGUUGCUGUUGAACUAGAAUUUUGUGGACAUUGAUGCUCUGCUCUGAUACCCUAACUUUAUAAGGAUAAACAGUAUUGUUAGACAUCAUUCAUGAACCAGAAAACCUCAGUUUAAUUCAAAGUUAAAUACUGAAUGCAUUUGAAUACCCCAUACACAGUGUUAGACUUCAGACAAAAUUCCUUCUCUCAUUACAUCGAGUCUGUGGGGGUUUGUUUUCAAUGUAUUCUAUAUUUAUGUUAACUUAAUACAUGUACAUGUGCAUCGAUUUUUUUAUGAAUAAACGUGAAAAAAUUGAUAGCUUGUAGCUAUAUUUUUUUUGUAGAAAAAUUGAUUGCUUAACUUGUUUAAUACAUGUAUACUGUUUAUAUUUAUGCCAGUUGACAGAUUAGAAAAUAUCCAGUUUUAAAAACAAAAAACUUGAAAACCAAGCUUUAUAAUUCUGCUAGGUAUAGUAUGCAUAAUUUAAAUAAAAAAAACAACUCUUUGCUUUUGAAUUUAUUGAUAAUUAAUAUGUCAUGUUAUACUAGUAAAUUUAUCAUGUUAUACUAGUAUAUUCUUUAUCAUCAAUCAUCAAAUAGUGUCUUAUCAAAGGGCAGAUAACCCUGGCAAGCUUGUGAACCACAGUUACAUGGUAUUAAGUCACUUUCUUUUCGAUCAAUGUACGAAUAAACUGUUCUCUCUUCUCCUGA